AUGCCAACCUCUGGCGUGAAUAGGUUUCUCUACGCUCUCCUUUUCGCAGUUUUCGUUCGCGCCCAGACUUGCGACAACUAUGGCCUUCCAUCUGGGUCCAACUGCUCGUGUCCAACGGGAUUUGGUGGUUCUACCUGUGCGCAGCCCGGCUGUGGUGGAACCAUCUUCCAAGGCUCCUCACGGCCGCUAACGACCCUCACUGGCUCCUUUGCAAACAUGACCGCAGCGGGAUGUUCGUGCGAGACUGGAUGGACGGGUACAGGGUGCAAUGUGUGUCAAACGGCGAAUGCCUGCCAGUCCGCGUUUUCGGCCUCCGGGAAUGUUUCUACAGACCCCGCUUCUGUGGUCGCGGGACAAUCCGUGCAGAAUAAUAAUACCUUGGUGUGCAAUACCGCUGCUCGGGUAUGGGCCGCAGGACAGAUGAGUUGUCAGGUCAAUAAUCCAACCCUGCAAGCAAUCUAUCCACGUUCCUCGACCUUGAAUAUCAUGCGUUCCCUUCAGCCUUCCCUAACACCCAUCCCCAACGCAACUGCAUUCGGCCCGGCAGGUUCUGUUAUAGCUCAACUGUUUUACGACGGCGUUGAGCAGUUUUACUGCCAGGCGGACAAUUGUACGCAAAGUCUGGGUGCUUCAGGUUCCGGCACGGCCGAUUGGGAAUGUCAGAACCUUCGCUGCACGUGCCGGAAGGGCACCACCUUCUGCGGAGCAGUUCCCUCUACCAAUCUGACAGCGACCAUCGAUACGCUUGGGGGAACACUAGGGAUUAAAUGCGAGGCGGUUGACCCCACGUCGAAUAUGGCAACGUGCAACUUUGUGCAAAGUGUUCUUCAGGGUCUCUUUGGCGAAUCUGGGCUCACGUUGAAUGGAUGUAGUUUCGGCGAAUGUGUCGCACAAAGUGUCGUUGACAGUGGUGGAAACUUGACUCAUACUUCCUCUUCAAGCCAGACAGGAAAAUCUCUGAGUGGAGGUGUCAUUGCGGGUUUGGCAGUCGUAGGUGCCCUUGUCUCUGCAGCACUCCUGUUGCUCGCCCUUGGAUUCCGGACACAAAGAGCCGCUCGAAGAAAUGGUCUUGGUGACGUUCGAGGGGCAAGAGUUUCGGUUCAUUGGUCCAAUCUCAGUUACAUCAUACCAGGUGCUAGUAGGCAGAAUGCUUGGAUUGGAAAGGCGCGAAACAUUCGAGAUGGGUCGACUGCAGUCAACGACGAUCAAGUCAUUUUGGACUCCGUUACUGGGCGAGUACAGCCUGGCCAGAUGAUGGCUAUACUAGGUCCUAGUGGUGCGGGAAAAACAUCUCUUGUUGAGAUCCUCGCGGGAAAGAACAAGUUUGGUAUCGUCACGGGAACUGUUGACUUUCCAUUUGAGACUGCUGGAGAUCGGACCUCGCCUCGCAUUGGCUUUGUACCCCAGCAGGAUAUUCUUCCGGCGACUCUGACCGUUGCUGAAGCCCUCUUAUUUGCUGCGCGUUUGCGUUUGCCCGAGAGCGUUCCGGACGUCGAGAAGCAACAGCGGGUCGACGAGUUGUUGGAAAAACUUGGCAUUGAAUCGAUCAAGCACACCAGAAUUGGGGAUACCACUGGAGGAAAAGCUAGGGGAAUCAGUGGUGGUGAAAUGAGAAGGGUCAGCAUUGGAUUGGAGCUCAUUGCAAGUCCUGAUGUUCUCUUGUUGGAUGAACCAACAUCAGGACUUGAUUCAGUCUCAGCGGCUAGGAUCGCCGAUGUACUGUAUGCUAUUGCUCAUGACCCCGAACAUCCUACGCCUAUCAUUGCGUCCAUACACCAGCCGAGCUCUCAAUUAUACCAAAAGUUUGAUUUAAUUCUCCUUCUCGCUCACGGACGGGCACUCUAUUCCGGCUCUGGUGGAUUUGACCCCGCGGAGUAUUUCUCUCAAGUGGCCCCCGGCGUAGUGCCACCCUAUCAACAAGGGUACAACGUCGCUGAAUAUCUGCUCGAAGUGGCAAAUGACCCUCCAGUCAACUUGUUCCAGCUUAGCCACUCCCGUGCAGAAAUUAACCAAGUUGGAACCAGAAAUCAAACGCCUGAUCAUGGCUCGGAGAAACAGCUUGUUCACCCUCAUACCGACCCAGCUCUUGAUGAGAAAACCACCACACAAGCACACGAUUCGACCCGAAACAAACGUUCUGGUUACGCGACAACAUUCUUGACACAACUACAAUACCUUUGCGGCCGAGAGUGGAAGAUCUUGAAGAGAGACAAGUCACUUUUCCUCACGCACGUCGUCGUGGCCUCUUUGCUCGGCGUCUUCUGUGGGGGUCUCUAUUUUAACACAGGUAUCACCAUCGCUGGGUUCCAGUCUCGUGUUGGGUGUCUGUUUUUCCUUGGUUCUCUCAUUUCCUUCUCGUCCCUCAGUGCAUUGUACAACAUAGUUGAAAUUCGACCACUUUUCCUCCGUGAACGAUCAAGUUCAUAUUACAGCCCAACGGCAUGGUUGCUCUCUCGCUUUUUCUUUGACAUGAUACCCCUCAGACUGAUACCUACAAUCAUUGUUUCCACCAUUACUUACUGGAUGGCGGGCCUCGCGCACGACGCCGCUCACUUCUUUAAAUUCCUCUUUAUACUAAUCCUAUACAGCUUAACGAUGACGUUGUUUAAUUUCCUCUUGGGGACUCUUUUCCAGAAUGGAGGCAUUGCGAUCCUUCUCUCCGCUCUCUCUGCUCUCUAUCAAAUGACUUUUGCUGGCUUUUUCGUGCACCUCAACGACAUACCCGCCGUUCUUCGUUGGCUGCAGUGGAUUUGUCCCUUAAAAUAUACCCUCGAGGCUUUAUCAGUGAACGAGGUCAACUCUGGAUUGAUGAUCGUCGAUACCCUACAGGGUGUGCCCGUUAGCAUAUCGGCAAGUCUAAUUAUGAAUUUGCUUUUCGGAUUUGGGUCGAACAACUAUUAUCGGGAUGUUCUCAUUCUUUUUGGUUUUAUUGCGGGAUUCGCCGUGGGGGUUGUUGGGAUUGUGUGGUUCAAGGUUAGGGAACGGCGGUGA